AUCAGGCCACGUUUGUUUUGUUUAUUAUUGCUAGGCUGAAAUUACCGAUGAAGUUAUUGGUAAAUGUUUUUAAUAUUCUGAAUAAAAAAGUCAAUAAAACCCGUUUUAUAAAUACAUUUGCUUCAAUGGCUUGCAGUCGCUAUGAAUAUGUUAAAGGAUAUGAAACAGAAGACAGUAUUUUACCCAACGUGUGGAUAGUGGUACGAGUAGAUGGUAAAGGAUUUCACAAAUUUUCGAAAAUUCAUGAUUUUGAAAAGCCAAAUGAUGAGAAAGCUUUAAAUCUUAUGAACAAUGCAGCUCAAACUGUUAUGGAAGAAUUUCGAGAUAUUAUAAUUUCCUAUGGGCAAAGUGAUGAAUACUCUUUUGUUUUUCGUAAAGAAACUAAUGUAUUCAAUAGAAGACAAUCGAAAUUAUUGUCUUAUGUUACUAGUCUAUUUACCUCCUCAUACGUUAUGAAUUGGAACAAUUGGAUGGGUGAAAAGAAAUUACAGUACCCACCUUGCUUUGAUGGCCGUGUUGUUUUGUAUCCCUCUGAUCAGAAUCUGAGAGAUUAUUUAAGUUGGCGUCAAGCCGAUGUGCACAUUAACAAUUUGUAUAAUACAGCAUUUUGGAAUUUGGUCCUUAAAGGAGGUCUUACCAAUCAAGAGGCAGAAGCUGAAUUACGUGGAACAUUUUCUGCAGAUAAAAACGAAAUAUUAUUUUCUAAAUUUGGAAUAAAUUAUAACAGUCUCCCUGCAAUGUUUAGGAAAGGCACUAUAUUGCUAAGGAAAAAAGUAGCAUUAAGUGAAAACUGUACGAAUAGAAGACAAUUAAUUGUUCCAUUACAUGACGAUAUGAUAAGGGAUAAAUUUUGGAAACAACACACUGAAUUGUUGGGAAAAUAUGUUCCGGGAGAUUAUGAAAGCAAAAUGGAAAUUUUAGAUUAUCCUGAAUUAUUAACGAGACAAAUGAAAAUGUUAGAUAUAAAAGAUAGUUGAAUUAUUGAACAUAUGUAAGUAUGGAUGUAUUUAUUAUUUAAAGAAAAAUAAAAAAAUAAAAAAAACUUAACUUUA